AGUCUUGAACUGUUUUCAGAAGUAUUAGUUAGGUUAGAAGUGGAUAUGUUAAAGACAGUGUUAUUCACAGUAAAAGGAUCAGGAGCAGUUAUAACGAGAGUUGAGGGUAGUAUUUCAACCGAUUCUGUAGCCAACAAAGUUGAUGUAGAAGUUGAUUCUUUGCACCAUUUUUGCAAUUUUUUAACAACAAGGCUGUCUUCAGCUGGCCCUCCGUUACCGCUUGUGAUUCCUAGCCCCGAUGUUAUUAUAGUCGAAGAGUAUUUCCACCACCAGCAGCUAACAUAGUAGCAGAGGAUCUCCUAAAAUUGUGGUUUAUGUAGGAUGUGGAAUUUUCCAAUUUUAAAUAACCUACAAUCUUACUAGGCAUUUGUGAAAGUGUGUAAUGGCCAAUAUUUCGCCUUAUUGUCUUUCUGUUUCGAAUAAAAACAAAAAGCUGAGGUUAAUUUACAUCUAUUUGUUGAAUAUAUUUCAAUUUUUUGUAUCCAUAGAGGGUCCAUAAUUUGUCUUGUAUCUACUGCGUCAGAAGAAGAAGAGGCAUUUGCACUCUUCGAAUCGCCUGUGUACAUUUGUUAGCAUUCGUGGUACCGCUCGAACAGAUAAUUUUUUUAUGUUCAGUUCGGUAGUCAAUACGAGGACUACUCUGUAUAUAUUGAGAUGCCACGAAACUAGAAGGCAGUACUGCUUUUAUAUCACCAACUUUAUCGACUGUAGUUGAGUUGCUACUAUAACAGGGUAAAUAAUGGUACAAAUCUUCUGUGAUUUCAACUUUACCGUAGACAGUUGAAUUUUUACGAGAAAAUGACUGUGACUGUUAUGUAACAGUCACAGAACGUCCAUUCUAUUCACAUGAUUUUAGUAAAUUUGAUUUGUGGUUAUUUUUAAAUCUAAAUAAACUUAUCCUUGGUGAAAGUUAGUUUUUUGAAAGCUGGGGAUACAUAUUCAAUUGAUCUAAUCUUAUUAUUAAUGAUUAAUUACAAAUACUAAAAUUCAUUACAAAUAUAUUUUAUAAAUUUCAACAGAACGUAUCUGAGUUUGUCAGCAAUGUCAACUAUUGUGUCAGUUGUCAUUAAUAAAAAAUACGUAAUAUUUUUGCUUUCAAUAAAACAAAUUAAAACAUUUUUAUACACCCUUCGGGGUGAAAAAAUUGAUAUUUGGUACAAAAUGUCGUUAAGAGCAUUAGGUACUCGACUAAUUAAACAUGGUACAGUACUUAUACGAAAUACAGGCAAAACUAGAGAAUUCAAUACUAAAACUAUCAUCGCUGAAAAAAUUAAUGCUACCGUCUCAUCUACUUCUACUAGCAAUUUCACCAGCAAUCAGGUAAUACCACGUAGAUUUGGUCUGAGAAAUGUUGGAAUUCAAAUCGGUCUUCAAGCUCGAAGAAUUCUAAUUGACAAUGUCCUUAAUCGAGUUACUAACAGCCUAGCUGCUGACUUGAGAAAAAAAGCUGCACGAAGAAUUCUGUAUGGAGAUUCUGGACCAUUUUUUGCUCUGGUUGGUGUGAGUUUAGCAUCUGGAACUGGCAUUCUCACCAAAGAAGAAGAACUUGAAGGAGUAUGCUGGGAAAUACGAGAAGCAGUUUCGAAGAUGAAGUGGAACUUUCAAGAUAUUAUUGAUGAAAAGCAAUUCGAAAACUCUCCUAUAAACCUAGAGAAUCUAUCAUUUGGAAAACCUUUGGCAAAAGGAUCCAAUGCUGUUGUAUAUGCUACAAACAUUAAAACAGAAACAAACCAACAGGAUGAUCAAUUGUCUAUUUCCACUGAAGAUCAUGAUGAUAUUAAUCAAUUUCCUUUCGCCUUGAAAAUGAUGUUUAAUUAUGAUAUACAGUCUAGUGCUAUGGCCAUUUUGAAUGCUAUGUAUAGAGAAACUGUUCCGGCUAGAGUAUAUUACAAUAAUCUUGGAAUUUCUGAGUGGGAGAUUGAUUUAGCUAAGAGAAACAAACAUCUUCCUCCCCAUCCAAAUAUUGUCACUAUAUAUUCAGUCUUCACUGAUUUUAUACCAGAAUUACAAGAUUGCAGAGGAUUGUAUCCAGCUGCACUUCCUAAAAGAAUACAUCCAGAAGGAGUUGGUAGAAACAUGUCACUAUUUCUACUUAUGAAAAGGUACAACACAAGCCUAGAACAUUUCCUUCAGGAAUCUACACCAUCCCUAAGAACAUCUAUAUUACUUUUCACGCAACUUCUUGAAGGUGUUGCUCAUAUUAAUUCUUACAAUAUAGCACAUCGUGAUUUAAAAAGUGAUAAUUUAUUAUUAGACACUACAGAGCCAGAGGCGCCAAUGUUGGUUAUAAGUGACUUUGGAUGUUGCUUGGCUGACAAAACAAAUGGUUUAUCAUUACCAUAUUCAAGUUAUGAUGUCGACAAAGGUGGCAAUACUGCUCUAAUGGCACCUGAAAUAAUGUGCCAGGUACCUGGAACUUUCAGUGUUUUAAAUUAUUCGAAAUCAGAUUUGUGGGCAGCAGCAACGAUAGGAUACGAAAUUUUCGGAACGAAAAAUCCGUUUUAUAAAGACGAACGAAAUAAUUAUUUACGUAGCGCUACAUAUAAAGAGGAAAAUUUACCUCCGAUGCCUGAUGAUGUACCUUUGAUUUUCAAAAUGCUGAUUAAAAAUUUACUACAACGUAAUCCCAGUAAGCGCCUCAAUUCAGAAGUAGCAGCAAACGUGUGUCAAAUAUAUCUGUGGGCUCCCAGCGUUUGGUUAAAACCGGAAAGUGCGAAAUUACCUUCGAGUACAGAGAUUUUACAAUGGCUGCUGAGUUUAACCACAAAAGUUCUUUGCCAAGGUAGAAUCAACAAGAGUUUCUACAAAUCUGACAAAUCAGAUUUAGAAAAAGGCGGCCGAAGAACUUAUCCAGAAUAUCUUCUUAUUUCCAGCUUUUUGCUAAGAGCUAAACUGUCAAAUAUUAAAGCUGCUCUAGCUUUCAUUCAAGAUGUCAACCAAAAUUAUUGAUUAGUACUAUUUAAAUUGUCAUAUUUUAUUGAGUCUACAGUUCUUUGGCAAUCAUAUAUACACUUUCUCAUCUUUUUUCACAAUUAUUUCUUACUUCUUACUUGCAGUCUCUUAUUUUCCAAAUUAUAGUUAAAUAUGGUUCAACUUUUUUGCUUCCUGAUAAAUGUUUAAUAGUCUGUGGAGACUUGUAUUCUUUUAGAAUAUUAAAUGAUAUUGUGGUAGUGUUCUCACUUUUUUGUUAUGAUCUCUGUUUUAAAACUGAAAAUUUGGGGUCCAAAUUAAAGUUUAGCUAUGAAUAAAAUUGGCAUUUAAUUUUUUGUAGAAACAUUUUCUGGAAUUUCUAUUUCAUUUGUUAAUGAGACCAAAAAAAUAUAUGAAAAUAAAGAAUUGUAGAUUUGAAAGUACCAUUUAUGUUGUAAUUAUUACUCUACUUGCAGUACUAAUAUAUUAUUUGUUCUAAUUUAGAAAUUAGAGAUUUAUUUAAAAAUAUAUAUACAAUUAUCACUGGCUUGGUGAGACUGUUUGCUGUGAUUUAUUAUUAUUACUCUUAUUUCAGUUUGUGUUAAAAUUAAAAUUCUCUAUUAUAUUUUCAAAAAAAAUAA